GGGUGCCUUCACAGUGCAGUGCAGUCUCGCCGAGGGACUAUGGAUACACUCUGAAGAGUUCAACGCUUCACAAUAGGCCUAUUGUUUUGGUUUUAUCUUGGGGAGUUGAUGUUUACUUUUUAAACUUGAAUUUCAACUUACUAGGGCCUUUCUUACGAGUCUCCUCUAUUUCUGGAGGUUUUUAUUAGGGGGGUGAAGGAGGACCGUGCAGGAUGAAUGGAACUACUUCUGAGAAGGCGGCAUCGAGCCUGUCGUCUGAUCUCCACUCCACAGUGAGCUGCCACCCGGGCGCCAAUGAUUUGCCGAUACUGCCAAAGUCCUCUCCCAUGGACAUGGAGUAUUACAGCGGCCAGACGACGCACAGCCACCACGACUACUACCCCAGCCACGGUCAGUCCUGCUUGCAACCAAUGAAGCCAUACUCGUAUCAUCACCACUACAAUCUCCAUGGGGCCUACAUUGCCAAAUCGGAAAACCCGUAUCCUCAUACGCAAUACGCUCAUUAUACCCGGGACAUACAGUCACAUCUCCAAGAUACCGUGAAAGAGGAACCAGAGCCUGAGGUGAGAAUGGUCAACGGAAAGCCUAGAAAAAUCCGAAAACCUCGCACCAUAUAUUCUAGUUACCAGCUCGCUGCGUUGCAACAUCGCUUCCAGGGAACUCAGUAUUUGUCUCUUCCUGAGAGAACCGAACUAGCGGCUCAACUCGACGUGACACAAACACAGGUCAAGAUCUGGUUCCAGAAUCGCCGUUCCAAAUUCAAGAAGCUGUACAUGAACGGGGAAGUUCUACUGGACAACAGCCCAGGAGCCAGUGACUCUAUGUCCUGCAAUUCACCCCUGUCCCCGGCCAUUUGGGACCGUAGUGUACCCACAGACCCCGCCACUAGAGAGCAGGCUCCCCAGCCCUCCCUCGGCUCCACUCUGUGUUAUGUGGAGAACUACACUCAUCACUGGUAUCAACAGACCUCACAGUCACGCUCACAGCACUCAGGACUGGUUCAUCAGCACACAACACCACCUAAGAAUAUGGGGGCGGUGUACUAACACAAAAUGUACCGGUACAAACUGUGGGUUAACAACAUGGCUCAUUGGAAAUAAAGCCUAGAGGGCUGUGAUGGGAUUUGUGUGCCAAUACAGAGGGCUGAACUUCACGGACAAUUUGGGAAACAUGCACAAGGACUUGUCUCUGUUGUAUACAAAUUGUAUACAAAAAGAACGGACAAAUCCAAAUCCAUAUUCUGUUUAGAUAGAGUGAUGAGACGCUAAUGUUAGCAGUGGCUCAUUUCACUCUGUUGGAGAGAUUUGAUAUGAGAAUGGAUAGAAUGGCAGCCUAUUUGGUGGUACUUUCCUUUACGGUGGCCCACUGGGGUCCUUUCAGAUUCUUUGAUCUACAGCUAUGCAAAUAUAUACCGUCGGUGCAUUCAACGCCAUUUUGUUUCUUCACAAUAUGAAACACUCACAGAUACAUGGAAGUAGCGUGUACCAUUUUCGUACAUUUGUUCAUUAUACUUGUCAUUUGUUGCAUUUAUAUAGAUGUCAUCAAGGCUCAAUUCAACAUUUUAUUUCACAAUGGUUCAAAACAAAACAUCUCUUGGAAGUUGCAGAGAACUAUAGGGGGAAAGAAAUGUGUAUUUGGUACUCUUUGCGUUUGCAAUCGAUUUUUUGGUAAAAGCCAUAAACUCAGGUUAUUUAUAAUGUAGCCUAUUUUAUACUCUAUUGAUCUGUUAGUAGAAAGUCAAUGUGACAAUUUUGUGCCUGAGAAAAACACAUUUUAUAGGUAGUCUUUGGAGUGAAUAAUAAAGUUUUUGUUUUUAUUAAUUCUAUUUACACCAAUUGAAAUCAUGUAAUAUUUUUACACACACACACACACACACGCACACACGCACGCACACACACACACACACACACACACACACAAAAGUGUAAAUGACCCCUUGAGAUAACAUUCAAAUCUUGUUUCCAUAAACUUCUUUAUACAAAUGAUCCAUUGAAACAGUUGUAAGGACAAAAUGGAAUAAAGUUUACUGUGAAAUAUAAUGAUUGUACAUGUUUCAAUAUUGUCCUUCAGUACUGUACUGACAUCACUUCUUUUUUUAUCCCCUUUUUCUUCCCAAUUGUUAGUAGUUACUGUCUUGUCUCAUCGCUACA